UUUGGUACGACAGAUCAAAACAAUUACAAAAACUCAAAAUUUUCCGUGCAUUUUCUCAGGACUUUUAAACGCUCUCAAGAUGUCGAUGCGCCCUGAUGAUCAUCGACGUAAAUGGGACAAGAAAGAAUACGAACGCAAAGCCUUAGAUCGGAUUUACAAGGAUACAGAACAACAGGAAAAAGAUGAUGAAGCAGUUUCUCGUGAGCCUCUCAAACGUCGCGAGUUCAAAGUCGAUUUGGAUAGCAAACUCGGCAAAAGUGUCGUUAUCAGCAAAACAACUCCGUCCUCGCAAUCCGGCGGAUAUUAUUGCAAUGUUUGCGAUUGUGUCGUUAAGGAUUCCAUCAACUUUUUGGAUCACAUAAAUGGCAAAAAGCAUCAACGAAAUCUCGGCAUGUCGAUGAAAAUUGAAAGAAGUUCGUUGGAUCAAGUACGUGAACGUUUCAAUUUGAACAAGAAAAAGGUUGAGCAGAAGGCAAAGGAAAAAGAAUACGAUUUGGAGAGUCGCGUAAAGGCAGCAGCAGCCAACGAAGAAAAGUACAAAGAAUACAGAAAGGAAAAGAAACGGGAGAAAAAACGCAAACACGAAGAAGCAUUUACAGAAGAAGACGACAGUGCUGCUGAUAUGGCAGCUUUGAUGGGCUUCGCAGGAUUCAGCGGAGGACGAAAAAACAAUUGAAUUUCAUUUAAUAAACCCAUUUUAUUUUAUCUCAAACUCAAAUCCCGCAAAAUUCCCAUUUUUUUUUAAACAUCAAGCCGAAAUGCGAUUAUUUGUACUUUGAAAUGUCAAAAAGUGUAU